AUGACUUCUUUUCUUAUCAUAGACCAGCUCGAAAAAAGUCUGCUUGGACUUAAAAAAGAGUGCGGAUCUUUUGGUAAAAAGAAUCUAAAGGAGUCUAUCGUAAAAUCAUUGGGAAAUAUUGAAAGUGGAAAAAAGAAUGAUUCAUUAAUCGAUCUUGAAGUCAUUAUCAAUCCAUAUUUCAUUGUUCUUAAUGAACAGCACAAAGAUCAUAUCAUAUCCGUUUUAAGCAUGAUUACAAAUUUGUUCCAAUACGCGAUUCCCGAAAUAUCACCGAGUGAAGAACUGACAAAAAACGUUCUCCGCAACAUGUUUUCACUAUUUAAACAGAAAAAGAUCAUCACAGAUGAAAUCAAGGCAAAAUCCGCAAAAGUAAUUUCAUGUUGCAUCGAGAAUCCAAAUGUUCGUGCAUCUAUCCAUGGAGAUAUACUCAGUGAGAUAUUUAACUUCUUGCUUGACUUGCAAAAUACGUCACCAGCGACUGCAGGAGAAAUUUUAUCAAUGACAAUUCAAAAUCUCUUUCAUAAUUACCUUGCUCUCAUCGAGCCUGCCGCCAAAGAUGGUGAUGAACCAGUUACAGUCGAAGAUGUCGCUAAACAAGUCAUUGAUCGUAUUAUCAACAAUUAUUUUGGCGCUCCAGCCUCAGCAAUCGACGAUGUGAUAACUAUUAUGCGAACUUUCUCUCAUGCCAUUGAAAAAUUCGAGCUAAAUGAAGAUACUUUACGUACAUGUGCGGAAGCCAUCUUAGCUUUACUAGAAUCGAACAAUCCGAUAUUAGAAACAGAUACAUUUGCACGUCUCCUUCAAGAAGACAUACACGUAACUUUAAUUGGCCUUUCAAUUGACGAACAUUCUUCUUUAAUUGCGAUUACAGCCAAAUUAAUCAUCAUUGUAUGGCAGAGAUUCCACAAACUAUACUUAGUAGGCCUCAACGAGGUCUUUGAUCGAGGAAUUGCCACUGCAAUGGCUUCUCCUUAUCCAAAGACUGUUGUAAGAGCAAUUAAACUAUUCAACGAACUCGCGAAAUACCCACAGAUAUUAGUCGAUGCAUACGUAAACUACGAUUGCGAUCAGACAGGCUUCUUUAAGAAUGUUUACAAGAAUCUUGUCGAAAAGAUCGUAAACUACGCAAAGCCGGGCCAAAAAGACCCUGCAAUGCAAAAAGCCUCCCUAACUACGACAAUUACAACCCUCGAAGGUCUUUGGAAUUAUUUCAAAGAAAAAUCCGAGAAAAAAGCCGAAAAAGACGACGAAGGACAAAUCUACCUAGAUGCCAAGAAGGCCAAGAACGUUCUCGAGGAAGGAAUGAGGCUUUUUAAGACGAAAGAAAAGAAAGGUCUUCAAUUUUUCAAAGACCACAGAAUAUGCGGCCAAACUCCGAAAGAAAUUGCAGAUUUCUUCUAUAACACUCCAACCCUUGAUCCCGCAUCAAUUGGACAAAUCAUUGGCGGCAAUACUCCGGAAUCCGUCCAAAUUCUCCACUCUUUCAUGGACGAAUUCGAUUUCAAAGGUCUUACAUUUGAACAAGCCUUCCGUAGUUUCCUCUCCAAGUUCCUAAUUCCCGGAGAAUCCCAAAUGAUCGACCGAAUCAUGGAACAAUUCGGUUCCAAGUACUUUAACGACAAUCCACAGAUGUUCUCAUGCGCUGAAACCGUAUACGUGCUUGCCUUCUCCGCUCUUAUGCUUCAUACCGAUGCUCAUCACCCCACAUUAAAGAAACACAUGACGUUACCCGAAUUUAUUGCCAACAACAGAGGUAUCGACCAAGGCAAGGACAUUCCGAAAGAUUUCCUAACCGAUCUUUACAACGGAAUCACUUCCAAGAAGAUUUUCGUUUCGAGAGAUGCUCUUCCAAAUUCUUUCCUUUUAAGUCGCGAGCAACAAGCUGAAAUGUACAGACAGCAAUGCCACCAAGCACUGCAAUCAGCAAGAACAACAGCUAACGAUGCAAAAGGUUUAGUUUUCCAUAGAGCGGAAUCUCAUUUGUUAAUUGGUCCGAUGUUUCAAACGGUUUGGCAGCCAAUUUUAGCGGCUUUGACAAUGAGUUUUGAAAUGACGGAUGAUGCGAAACUUGUUGACUUAAUACUCAGUGGUUUUACAUUGUGUACACACAUUGCAAGCCAUUGCUAUGUCACAGAAGCCCUUCAAGUUCUUGUUGACAGUUUUGCGAAGUUCACAAGAUUGAGAUCGAGUGCAUUAGAAGAUGUUAAAACAAAGAAUAUUUUAUGUACUAAUUCUUUGAUUCUUUGUGCAAUUGAAGAUCAUUUGUACUUGAAAGGAGCAUGGGAUAUUGUUCUUGGCGAAGUUUCAGCUUUAGACACUAUUUUGGAUUCCCAAAAAUACGUCUGUAACAUGAAUAAAACGGACGAAAUCUUUUUGUUGUCAAGUGAAUUAGACAGAGAAUCCAUCAUUGAUUUCGUUGGAUCUCUUUGCAAAGUGUCUUCAAACGAGCUAAACUCAAAUCCUCCAAGAAUGUUUUCUCUUUUGAAACUAUCAGAUAUCGCGUAUUACAACAUGAACAGACCAAUGUAUCUAUGGAAAGAAAUCUGGAAAAUCAUUGGUAACCAUUUGAGUUUGCAAGGAUCUCGUGAUGAUUUAGAAGUUGCCUUAACAACAAUUGAUAUUUUGAGACAACUCGCAAGGAAAUUCAUUCCGAAACAAGACCAAGGAUCAUCAAUUUCUUUGCAAUCCCAUUUCCUUCAACCUUUCUGCGAUAUCUUAUAUCAAACAAGGGAUCAUUCCAUGAGAGAAUUAAUAUUGGAGUGCACACAACAAUUAGUUGAUGAACAUGCUCCAAUUUUGAUGUCAGGAUGGGAUGUUGUUUUCCAAAUUUUAACUUUUUCUGCUAUGUCAGAAGAACUCAAGAAACAUGGCUUUUCUAUUGUAGAACAGAUUAUUAAUAAGCACAUGACAGCUGUUAUUCCUUAUUGUGUUCAUUUGGUAGCAAUGAUUUCUAGUUUUGUUAUUUCAGAUCAAAACGCUGAAAUUUCUUUCGAAGCCAUGAAAUUGUUUUUGAUUAUUUCUGAUUCUGUUCCUCCGACACACGUAAAUUCAUGGGAAAGUCUAUUGCAGUCCGUAGGAAAAUGCAAUCAACAUCCUUUCUUCAACGUAAAACAAAGCGCUGAAGAAGUUCUUCUAAAUAUAAUUAUUGAUAAAGGAGCAAAUAAACAAUUGUUAGGAGAACAAUUAUGGAAAUUUAUUAUACAACAUUCGUUCCCUGAAUUGUUUGAGUUCUCUGAGGAUAGUAACAAUGAACAGAUCUAUAAACAUAACACAGAAUUAAUCAAUAAAAUUAUCGAUGAAGUCGCAAUUUCUCAUCAUGAUGCAAUUAAACCGCAUUUGACACUUUUUGUCAGAUUUAUGAACACUUUUAUUGAAUCUACAAAUGAUGGAUUCUCAAGGUCUGUUGUUAAAGCACUUGGUAAAUAUGUUUCUCAAUGCCAUGAAGACUUUGAAGAUGAACAUAUUGAAGAGUUAAUACAAGUUUUGGAGAAAUAUUCUUCUAAAUUUGGAAGAUUAGUUAUUUACAUCGAAACUAUUUCUAAAAUGAUCAUUACGUUCACAAGAAGCGAAAACUUCUAUCAGAGAAUCAGUUCUAUUAUAGAUAAGGCUGCAAAGAAAGCGGAAGAAAUCAAAGAAAACGUAAAAUCUCAUAGAUUACUUUGUGCUGCAAGAAAUGGAUAUAUUCUUGCUUUGAUAAAUCACAAAGAAGUCGAACAAACAAAAGAUUAUUUAUAUCAUACUUUGGAACUUUAUUCGGAAUUCCAAUCAGUUAAAGAUAAUGAUUGUUGGAAUAAGUUAAUGCAGUCAACUUUGGCUGCUGUUGCAGAUGCAUCAAAUGAAAUAUUUGAUGCUUGCAUGAGUUCAUCUAUCAAACUAAUCCUGGACAUCGUUCAGACAGAAUCACCAAUUGUUAGAAAAGAAAUAAUGAGAAUCAUCAAAAGGAAACUUUCUAAAUAA